AUGACCAGGCAGUCUCCAAAGAAUUGUGUAGACUACACAGAGAGUCCUUAUCCUGCUGGCAAACUUGAAAUAAACGCUUCGGAUGGGACGGGGCUACCAUUGACCAUAUUGUCUACGAAUGGUAAAAUUAACAAGGAGAACGAAAGGGUAUCAAAAUCAAGCUGUAAAACCCUUCCGGUGCUCAGCUGCCACUUCACCCGAAUGAAGCACGAGGGCUGGGCUGCUGCUAGGUUGCCCAAGCCUAGACGGGGAAAGUUGAGAUGCAGAACCAUGGUCCGAACCAAGGACCUUCCGGUCAUUCGCUCUCUAACCACUGAAGAAUGUGGCUAA